GUCCAGGACCGUCAGUUCUCUUUAGUGUUUGCCAAUGUUGGAGGUGUAACUGGGCUCUGUCCCUGGAAAAAAGGUAUAGAGGAUGGCACAGGUCAAAGUGCAGACUGCAGCCCCGCUGUCUGGGCCCCUCGUGGCUCCCGUCACGCCCCCCGCCGCCAUGCCUGGCCCAGGCGCGCUGAAUCUGCAGCCCUCUAUCAAUGGCACAGUUCCAGCCCCGACGCCCGGCUGCCUCAGUCCUGCCGCCGGCUUUGCGGAUUCCGCUGUGUCCGCUAAUCCACUGGCUUCUCCCCAGGAAAACAUGGCAAACCCUAAAGAGAAGACGCCCAUGUGUCUGGUGAAUGAGUUAGCCCGUUUCAAUCGGAUCCAGCCGCAGUACAAGCUCCUGAACGAGCGAGGGCCGGCCCACGCCAAGAUCUUCACCGUGCAGCUGACCCUCGGGGACCAGGUCUGGGAGGCGGAGGGAACCAGCAUCAAGAAGGCCCAGCACUCAACGGCGUCCAAGGCCCUGGCAGAAAGCACCCUCCCCAGACCUUCACCACGCUCACCCAAGGUGGACAUCAACAGCAACCCAGGCAGCAUCACCCCCACCGUGGAGCUCAAUGGCCUGGCCAUGAAGAGAGGGGAGCCGGCUAUCUACAGACCACUGGACCCGAAACCCAUGCCCAACUACAGAGCCAACUACAACUUCAGAGGAAUGUUUAACCAGAGAGCCCUGCAACCCUGGCUUGGACAAGGGGUUAACAGCAAUGAGUACCAUUACCCGGUGCCUAAGAUAUUUUACGUACAGCUGACUGUGGGGAACAAUGAGUUUAUCGGUGAAGGACGGACGCGCCAGGCCGCCAGACACAAUGCUGCCAUGAAAGCGCUCCAGGUCCUCCGCAACGAGCCCAUUCCCGAGAAACCGCCGCAGAACCCAGACGAGCGGAAUGACGCGUCGGAGAACAGCGAUGCCAGCAAGUCGGAGAUCAGCUUGGUGUACGAGAUUGCGCUGAAGAGGAAUCUGCCUGUAAUAUUUGAGGUCUUGAAAGAGAGCGGUCCUCCACACAUGAAGAGCUUCCUCACGCGGGUGACGGUGGGCGAGUAUACAGCAGAGGGAGAGGGCAACAGCAAGAAGCUCUCCAAAAAGCGGGCCGCCCUGUCCGUCUUGCAGGACCUGAAGAAACUUCCCUGCCUGCCCCCGGUGGAGAAACCCAAGCUCCGCUACAAGAAACGCCCCAAGACCAUUCUGAAGACGGGGCCAGAGUAUGGGCAGGGCAUGAACCCCAUCAGUCGCCUGGCUCAGAUCCAGCAGGCGAAGAAGGAGAAAGAACCGGAGUACGUGCUGCUCUCGGAGAGAGGCAUGCCGCGCCGCAGGGAAUUUGUCAUGCAGGUUAAGGUAUGCGAUGAGGUCGCCACGGGAACUGGACCCAACAAAAAGGUGUCGAAGCGCAACGCGGCCGAGGCCAUGUUGAUCCAACUGGGCUACAAACCAUCCGCCGCAGUGCAUAACCCAGCCGAUACGCAGAUGGACAACAAAGGCUGGAACGGACAAAAGGCAGCUUUUCCCGAAACGACGAGCACCAUGCAAAAGGGACUGCUCCACCUCUCCCCCGACGUAUACCAGGAGAUGGAGGCCAGCAGAAACAAGGCCGGCCCCACCGCUCCCUCUGCUGUAAACUACCUGACCCCCAAAGACAUUGGCCAGGGCCCUGGGCCUUACUACAGCAGCACCAGCAACACGGCGGCCAUCGCCAGGGAGCUCCUCCUCAACGGGACCUCCCCGACGGCGGAGGCCAUCGGCCUGAAGGGGAAGGCGCCCGCCCUGCCCUGCACCCCCAUACAGCCCUCCCAGCAGUUGGAGUACUUGGCCCACGUUCAGGGCUUUCAGGUGCUGUAUAACGAUGGGCAAAAUGGCAAAGAGUUCAGGACCUACCUAACACUUUCACCUGUGCAAAUGACUUUCCAUGGUGUGGGGAGCUCCUUGGAAGCUAGCCGUGACCAGGCUGCUCUAAGUGCCUUGAAACAGCUGUCAGAACAAGGACUGGACCCUGUGGAUGGACCAAUAAAGGUAGAAAACGGAUCACGUGAAAAGUACGUAGCGACGGAGCUGCCGGCGAAACAUCUGGGAGCGAGGAUGGACAAUAAACAGACUAACUCAGGCACCACCGCUCAGGACUGCAAGGAUUCAAAGGCUGUCGUGUAGAGCCCCCCCUACCCCCACCCCCAACACACCGCCGGCUGCCGCUGCAUCCUUAUAAAGCUGUCAACACGCAAUAGGGUGGAUGUGUACCAGGAAAAGACUGACUAAACACCAUUAUCUGAGUCUAUGUGAAGACAACACUAUCCUAACACAUGACAUUUAUUGAUAAUUCGUAAAGGAAAACUAGUAAUUAAGUAAGGAAAAAAAAAUCUGUGAAUGAAUUAAUGCAUGGUAUUGUUAAGGGAAAUCAAACAAAAUAUACCUACAGAAUUUCCCCUUUGAAUAGAUGUUUUUUUUUUUGUUUUUUUUUUUUUUAAAUCUUUUUUAAUUUUGUUUUGUUCCCAGCUAGUUGCCCAGUGGACUAUGAGAAAAAUUGAAAUGCGUCACACCACUGGUACCAUCAAACGGUCGUAGGGAGGAACUAGUGUAGCUCUUUUGUUUGUUUCUGUUAUUACUCUAUGAAUAACAAUGCUUGAGUAUUUAACGAUUAACCAAUGCCAGUGCUGUGAAAGUUGUAGUUGUUGUCUUCAUAUAUAGUCACCCAGCUUACCUUUUAUGCUGACAUUAAGCAUUCAUCUAUCUAUAUGGAUAUGUAUGACUCGCAGAAUACAAUAUGCAAAAAAAGAAAAGAAAAAAAAAAACACUAAAACAAGAAUAAGGAAUUACUGGCAAGCAGUAAAAACAUUGUCGCAGAAGGUCGACUGCCGUUACACGUGAUGGAUAGAGGUGCUAUCUCCUGAAGCUGAGCUGGAGGUACCUGAGCUGGGUGUACUGUGGACCUCUAACACACUCUUCCCACAUCCAUAGAAGUAGAAUUACUAGAGUGGUUCUCUUUAAAAGCACACACGACCAUGUUUCAUGGUAUGGGAAUCAGAAUCUACAUAUUGAUCAGAGUCAGCGUCUACGAAUUUGAUUGUAAUGUCGUCACUGACAAUAAAAGCUACUGUUGCCGUCGAAUAACUGUGUGCGCCUUCCUUUUCGAAUGGCGCGUUGACGCGGACAGCCACGCACUGCGCUGCCGCGUCAACUCUCAACCAGUCUAGUAAUUCCAUAUCUAUGGUCGUCCCUUUACUCUCCCGAGUUUCGUCGACUACACAUCUACACCCAUUUUGUGUGUUGUGUUGACCCACCUUUGCAUCAACUGAGUGUUUUUAAUGACUGCAUGGUGACCUGGAGGAGCUUCGAGAAGAGGUGCUACCAGGAAACGCCCCUUCGCUCGAACAUCCAGAAGGAAUGUGUAAGAAAGAGAAAACACAGUUCACUGACACACAGGGAUGUCUUCUGACCGUGGGUGCGUUGUGAAAUAACAUUCUUUCUGUAACUGUAAUGGCCAAAUGCAGUAAAACCACCUCAGUUCAUGUUUAAAAGAAGUGUUGUGUUUUAUUUCAGCUGCGGAGGUACGAAUGCACUGUGAGGGUAAGCGGUGGCUCCCCAUGGCAAAGGAACCCAUUCAGAUGGAAGUAUCCAUUCCAAAAUGGCGAUGGUGUCAUCUGAAAAUUAUUAUUGUUUAUUUGUAACUUACUCGGUAAGACAAUAAAUAGAGCUGUUUG